AUGCGCAGCAAGUUCAAGGACGAGCACCCCUUUGAGAAGCGCAAGGCCGAGGCCGAGCGCAUUCGCCAGAAGUACUCUGACCGUAUUCCUGUCAUCUGCGAGAAAGUCGAAAAGAGCGACAUCGCUACGAUCGACAAGAAGAAGUACCUGGUCCCCGCCGACCUGACAGUAGGCCAGUUUGUCUACGUCAUUCGCAAGAGGAUCAAGCUUUCUCCCGAGAAGGCCAUCUUCAUCUUCGUAGAUGAGGUCUUACCCCCUACUGCUGCUCUCAUGAGCAGCAUCUAUGAAGAGCACAAGGACGAGGACGGCUUUCUUUACAUCACCUACUCCGGCGAGAAUACCUUUGGUACCGCAUAA